AAGUGAUAACAAAUAGUUCAGUGUUAUCGUGUGGAGCACAUCUAUUUGAAAUUAUUUUACAUUUUAGAUUUAUCGGAAUGCCACCGAAACCGAACGGAUACUUUUUCUACAUGUGUGCCAUGAAGAAAGACAUCCCAGCCUGGAGAAACAAAUCAAUGGCAGAACUAAGUGAGCUCUGUUCUCCUAGCUGGAAUUCGAUGUCUAAGGAGGACAAGCAAUUCUACGACGACAAGAAGCACACCUGGACAGGAGAGAUGCCUAAAAAGAAGAAGAACAAGAGUGUUGCAGUUGCUAUGGGAGCUCCACUCAGUUCAGAGGAGAAUAGUAAGCUAAGUAAGCAGGUUGAUACCUAUGGAAGAUGUCUUCUUGAUGUAAAACUAGCUAAAGAAAGGGCUUUAGAGAAUGCUCGACUGGAAAGCGUAGAUAUACAGAAUAUGGUGUCCGAUAAGAAUUACAAAACCACGGAGUUCCUCUUUCUUGCUACAACCAAUUACUGUGUCACCAAGAGGGAUCCUGUAGUCUACUGUCCGGCUGAGAUCUCAAUUGGAAGGUUUAAUCUGAGAAAAGGAUAUCUGCAGGAAGAGUUUCAUGCCUUUCCAAAGCUUGAGGUUCCUCUCGGGUAUCGAUUAAUGUGCUUGGAGAACUGUGAGAGAGAGCUCAAGUUGCCGAUCGACUUCAGCCUGGCAAAGCCAAGUUCGUAUUAUAAAGCCAAUAUCAUCAAAAUUUUAAUAUCAUAAAUGAAUUUAAUUUGU